AGCAAGGCAGCUGAGCCCAGCCCUGCAGCUCCUCUCUGGCUCCACAGGUUACUGCUGCUGCUCUUAGUCACUGGAAUCUAGGUGGGGUUCCCUCCUCCCUUAGUGCCUUUCCGCUGAUUAAAAAGCAGCUCACACACACACACACACACUCCUUCUCUCUCUUCAGAGAAGGCUUCUUAAAACACCCCUCCCUGCGGAAUCCAGAAACAACUCUCAGGCUUGGGCACCUAUUCUCUGCAGAAGGCCCUGACUACUGUGUGAGAUGGUGACGUGUUCCCUUGCCUGCUGGAGAUGCAGGUGGCUCCUGCCCCUUCUCCUGGGCUUAGCUAUCAUCUCGGGCAUCAUUGCACUGGCCGGCAAGGGCUGGCUGGAAUCGGAGUCAAAGCCCUACCAGCACCAGGCGUCGUUAUGGGAGAGCUGCACCAAGUUCAACAAUGCGCUCAACUGGCAAUGCGAGUCUCUCAUGGAAUACGCCUGGGGAAGAGCAGCAGCUGCCACCUACCUUGUCGGCUUCGUGAUCCUGGUCAUCUGUUUCAUCCUAUCAGUCGUUGCAUUUUCCAUUGAUGUACUUAGUUUCAGCUAUGUGCGAGGAAUCGGUGGCUUGCUAUUUAUAGUUGUGAUAUUCCAGAUCAUAAGCCUGAUCAUCUAUCCGGUGAUGUUCACAGAUACCAUCCCAUUGCGGGGAUCUAAUAUGUUCAGCUGGGCAUAUGGCUUUGGUUGGGGCAGCACUAUUAUUGUAAUAGGCUGUGCUUUCUUCUUCUGCUGUCUCCACAACUGGGAGGAUGAAAUCCUGGGUAAUAUCAAGCCAGCAUAUUAAUACUCUUCCCCAGACAGGAGUUGAAAAGCACAUUGUAAACCCUGAAAGAAUAAAUAAAAACACUAAUGAUUACACCA